UGGCCUCUAUAAAAUGAGCUGGCCCUGAACGUUUCGGAAACAGUAUCAGUUUGAGUCUGAAGACCGAGUGUUGAUUGUAAUAUCUCCCGUUUUUGGUUUAUUUUGAAGCUGAUCUUGACCGUGGGCUGUGAGAAAAUUUCGGAAGAAAAUGAUUAAGGAAAUCGUGCUCCUCGGCUGUAUGGUGGCCGUUGCCUUGGCCAUGCCUGCUGCCGAUUACGCUGUACCGGUGGCUGCCGAACAGUACCAACCGGACAGUCCGGCCGUCGUUCUGGUGCAGCAGGAAAACGAAGACAUGGAAGGAGCUGAGACCGCCCAUCACGGACACCGAGGAGGAUAUGGCGGCUAUGGGGGUUAUGGAGGAUAUGGAGGUUAUGGUGGUGGCUAUGGAGGAUACGGUGGAUACGGAGGAGGUUUCGGAGGUGGUUAUGGUGGAUAUGGCGGAUACGGUGGCUACGGAGGAUUCGGUGGUCACCGCGGACACCACCAUGGUUAAAAGAUGAUAACUUUUAUGUAAUAGAACAAUGACUAUGACCAAGGAUUACGCACAGACUGAUGAUUGGAAACUGUACAGGAGAAAUGGCAUGAGCUCGAAGCUUGAUCAAAACACCAUACUUUUGAUAAUAUUUUUAAGGAAAGUAAAAUAAAAAAAAGUUCAAAACUA